GCUCUUGAUGCCCCGGAACGCCUCUCGAACGGAGGGGGCCGUUGCGUGGCCUGGCCCCCAAAGUAUGCCAACGUGACAACAGCGGGAAUGACGACGACGACGACGCCGCUGCUUAAAACAUCCAAGACCACAGAAAUGUGGCCUUAUUUAUUUAUUAAGCCUCCAGAGAGACGCGCUUGGGCUGCGCUGCACAGACCGCUCGUGUCCAGCCCAGGCGGGCAGUUCACAAUGCAACGCGAUGCAUUGCCCAUCGCUUGAUGGACUCGUAAAGAGUGCGCGAUAACGAAUGCUCUUACUCUCUUACUUGCAUGUGCUCACGAUUUCAUCGGCGUGAACGGGUGGCGUUGUUGGUUCACGUUGCGUUGUGUCUGUCCGUCCAAUUGCUGAGCAAAUAUUCUGGACGCCGGCUCCGUUGCUUGUUGGUUUACGGUCUCCAAGAAUAGCUAAACGACUGUAGGGGAAGGUCGAGUACGUUGUACAUCACAAGGAUGCGCAGCCCAGCGGCGGCGGUGGCUCUCAAAUCUCUCGCGGCGCUGGGGGCCGUCGUGCUGCUGCUGCUGCUGCUCGGGGCCGCGUGGCUUUGGCGUCCUGCGAGUGGCCCGCUGCCGGGCCUCAGCCGGCCCAAGAGGGCCCCCCUCACCGCGCCCGUGCCCAUCGCCGAUGACGAGCGACGAGCCCUCACCGAGUACCACAACCGCCUGCGAGCCAGCGUGCACCCACAGGCGGCCGACAUGGAGCACAUGUCGUGGGACUGGGAGCUCGCCGGGAUGGCCGAAGCGUGGGCCAAGCAGUGCAAGUGGGGACACGGGCCCAGUGAUGAGCUCGACGCCAUCGGCCAGAAUCUCGCCGUCUACGUCGGCAGCGAACGCCCCCUUGCCUACCACGUGCAGGCGUGGUUCGACGAGGAGGAGUGGUACCAGUACCCCGAGGAGAAGGAAUGCAGACCCGAGUGCCCUCACACCUGCAGGGGCCCCAUCUGCACUCACUACACGCAGCUAGUGUGGGCAGAGAGCCGCCGCGUGGGCUGCGCGGUGCACACCUGCCUGGACAUCUCCGUGUGGGACGCCGUGUGGCCGUACGCCCUCUACCUCGUCUGCAACUACUCCCCCAAGGGCAACUGGAUAGGCGAGGCCCCAUAUCGCCAGGGCACGCCAUGCUCCCGGUGUCCGCCGCGAUACGGCGGCUCCUGCCGUGGCGGCCUCUGCUACCAGGCCCCGAAUACCACAGCCCAGAACUGGGACCUUGACGAGACUCAGCUUGGCGAGAGACGCCCCAAGAUCCCGUUGAUCGAGACUCCACAAGCUCCUGUCCUGAUCCCUGGUCCCAACAGGUCACUGGAGUUCAAAAAUCGCGAGCGAACCAAGCCACGGAUUCAAGCGAAUGCUAAAGCCAUAGGUCGUAGGGUGACGUGCAGAGCGAAGAUGCGAGAAGUCUGUCAGGGGUAUGUCUGCUUCAGGUUCUUGUGCCCAGAAAAUUGCUCCCAAAGCACAGCGAAUGUCAUUGGGACACACGUGUACGAUGUGGAGUCGGGGCUGUGCCGAUCGGCUCGACACGCGGGGGCCCUGGGUCCUGGGGGCGGCUGGAUCGACGUGAAGAGACGGGGUCGCACACAGACCUUCACCGGUUCCGCACGGAAUGGGGUCCGAUCCCUCGGGAAGAGGCGGCCAGCCAACUCAUUCUCCGUCUCUGCAUCACCAGUGAGGGAGGUGAGCUGUAAGGACACAUUGCGGGAUAUCUGCCCAAUCAAAUUCCCACCGCCUCCUCGCUGUCCCCGGUUUGUUUGCCCGGCGAGAUGCACGCAAGCCCACGGGAUUGUGGUGGGAACGGGCAUUUACUCGGACACUUCCAGCGUGUGCCUGGCGGCUGUGCACGCGGGCGCUGUGACCGCGCACGGCGGUGGCCCCGUGGACGUGGUCCCUGCCCAGCGACGGAAAGUUUUCAACGCCUCCCUGCGGCACGGCUUGCGGUCCUUUGGGGGGACCCGGAUGGAGGCUGCCCGUGCAUUCUACGUGUUCCGCGUGCUCUGAGGCUGGACAGGUCAAAAACUGUAUCGCAUUUUAUUUCUUGUUCGAAAUCAACCGAUUAAAAAAGCAAAAAAUAUAUCGUGACCAAAUAUUCCUUACGACCUGAACUAAACUAUGGAGUAUUCUCAGAUCCAUAUGGCAGAGAAGCCUACAACGUAGCUCAUAAAGGUAUCCUUCAUGAUUUGUUUUUUUGCCUAACAAAUGUGGUGCAGUGGUUAUCGCACUGUGCUCUAAAUGACAAAUAGAGCAUAAACCAUCACGCAAAUCCCGGUCAUCC